AAUAAUUACGAAUGCUUCAAUAACAGCUGUCAGUGCUUCCGAUUCUACAUGUUGUUAUUAUUUAGAAAUGUGAGAAAAGUUAAUUAAAUACCGUGUAGAUUAGGGAAAAAACUUUAGUGAUACGUUUAAUUUUACCAGACAAAAUGCCCAAGGAACAGUACCGCGAAUCAGAGGUCGGGAAGAAAAUUUCCCAUGUAACCUUUAGUGUGGAUAGUCCCUCUGAAAUUCAGAAGGCAGCUCAUCUUCAGGUCAUUACAAAAAACCUGUAUGCUCAAGAUGUGCAGAGGAAACCAGCCACUCAUGGUGUCCUUGAUCGACGUAUGGGCACCAACCAGAAGGAUGCAAACUGUGAGACCUGUGGACUGGGGCUUGCGGAGUGCGUUGGGCACUUUGGGUUCAUUGAACUCGCCCUGCCCGUGUUCCAUGUGGGCUACUUCCGCUCUGUCAUCACUAUACUGCAGACUAUUUGCAAGGAAUGCGCUCAAGUGAUGCUCCCGGACGCGCUGAAGAAGACCUACCGGCGCAAGUUCCAGAACCCCGAGCUCACCUACCUGCACAAGAAGACGCUCCGCGCCGCCGUCUUCAAGAAGGCCAAGACUUGCAACAAGUGUCCGCACUGUGAAUCACUUAAUGGUGUAGUAAAGAAGUCUCCAGCGGGCAUCCUCAAGAUAGUCCACGAGCGGUACCGCGGCAAGAAGCCCACGGACCCGCUGGUGAUGCGAGCCCUCAGCGCCUUCCACGAGGCGAAAGCUAGCAACAAGGAGUUGCAGACCAUGAUCAACAGUGGACUCAUCACGGAGCUUAGUCCUUUGGAGGUGCUAACCCUAUUCCGGCGGAUCCCGGACGCGGACAUCCCGCUUCUCGGCAUGUGCGCAGCGCGAUCCCGUCCGGAGCAUCUCAUCCUGACCAGACUGCCCGUCCCGCCGGUGUGUGUGCGGCCCAGCGUCGUGUCCGACAUCAAGGCUGGCACAACAGAAGACGACCUCACCAUGAAGCAGUCCGAGAUCCUGCUCAUAAACGGCGUGAUCGCGACGCACAUCGCCAACGGCGGCAAGAUCUCGCUAGUGCAGGAGGACUGGGACUACCUCCAGCUGCACGUGGCGCUGUACGUGCACAGCGACAUGGCCGGCAUACCGCUGGCCAUGCAGCCCAAGAAACCAGGCCGCGGGCUUGUGCAGCGCCUCAAGGGCAAGCAGGGGCGCUUCCGCGGCAACCUGUCCGGGAAGAGGGUGGACUUCUCCAGCCGGACUGUCAUCUCGCCCGACCCUAACCUGCACAUACAGGAGGUAGGCGUCCCAGUCCACGUGGCCAAGAUCCUGACGUACCCCGAGCGGGUGUUCCCCGCCAACCUGGCCUGGCUGCGGACCCUGGUGAGGAACGGACCCGACCAGCACCCCGGGGCUAACUAUGUGCAGCAGAAGGGCGCCGAGCAUAAGAGGUUUCUGAAGUACGGGAAUAGGGAUAAACUGGCCAAUGAUCUUAAGUGCGGUGACAUAGUGGAGCGCCACCUAGUGGACGGUGACGUGGUGCUGUUCAACCGGCAGCCCUCGCUGCACAAGCUGAGCAUCAUGAGCCACCGCGCGCGCGUGCAGCCGCAGCGGACCUUCAGAUUCAACGAGUGUGUGUGCACGCCGUACAACGCCGACUUCGAUGGAGACGAAAUGAACCUGCAUUUGCCGCAGACAGAAGAGGCGCGCGCCGAAGCACUCAUACUGAUGGGGAACAAAUCCAACCUAGUAACCCCUCGCAACGGCGAGCUCCUAAUAGCCGCCACCCAAGACUUCAUCACCGGCGGCUACCUGCUCACGUCGCGAGACACGUUCCUCACUCGGAGCCAGGCGGAGCAGCUGGCGUGCUGCCUGCUGGCGCCGCCCGACGCCGCCCUGCGCGUGCAGCUGCCGCCGCCCGCCCUCCGCAAGCCCAGGCUGCUGUGGACCGGGAAACAGAUCUUUAGUCUAAUAAUGAAACCGAACAACAAGUGCGAGGUGAAAGCAAAUCUAGAAACAAAGGGAAAGAACUACACCGGGAAUAAAGACAUGUGCGUGCAGGACGGAUACGUGAUAAUCCGCAACUCGUCCCUCAUCUGCGGCUCCAUGGACAAGAGCACGCUCGGCUCCGGCACCAAGACCAGCAUCUUCUACAUCCUGCUGCGGGACUGGGGCGAGGAGCACGCCGUGCGCGCCAUGUGGAGGCUAGCGCGCAUGGCGUCGCUGUACAUGAUGAACCGCGGGUUCAGCUUCGGCAUCAUCGACGUGACGCCGGGGAAGGCGCUCAUAGAUGCCAAGAACAAGUUGAUGGAGUCUGGAUACUCAAAAUGUGACGAGUACAUCCUCGAAAUGCAGAAGGGCACCCUGCAGAGCCAGCCGGGCUGCACGCAGGAGGAGACCCUAGAGGCGGUCAUGCUGAGCGAGCUGUCCAGCAUCAGAGAGCUGGCGGCCAAGGCGUGUUUCCGUGAGCUGCACGAAACCAACGCGCCUCGGAUCAUGGCGCAGAGCGGAUCUAAAGGUUCCAACAUCAACAUAUCCCAGAUGAUCGCAUGCGUCGGCCAACAGGCGUUGAACGGGAAGCGAGUGCCGAACGGGUUCGAGGACAGAUCUCUGCCGCACUUCGAGAGGCAUUCCAAGAUCCCCGCAGCCCGAGGGUUCGUCGAAAACAGUUUCUACACGGGUCUGACUCCCACGGAGUUCUUCUUCCACACGAUGGGGGGCCGCGAGGGGCUCGUGGACACGGCUGUCAAGACCGCCGAGACCGGCUACCUGCAGCGGAGGCUCGUCAAGUCGCUGGAGGAUUUGGUUCUCCAUUACGACAUGACAGUGCGGAAUGCCACUGGAGAGGUGGUAGAGUUCAAGUACGGCAGCGACGGGCUGGACCCGACGUACAUGGAGGGCAAGGACCGGCCCGUGGACCUGGCGCGCGUGCUGCAGGACAUCCGCGCCCGCUGCAACGUCAGAGACGAGGAGGCGCUGGACGGCGACGCCAUGAUGGCGGCCGCGGAGGAGACGCUCGCACUCGACGACUUCAAGGCCUGCACUGAUGAGUUCAAGAAGGAAAUACUAGACUUCCUAUCCACCGAAGCGUCCCGCGUCCGCCGCCUGCGCGCCCGCUACGCUCACUGCGGGCCCAUAGCCUCUCAACUGGCGCGCCUCACGCUCACGCAACUCGUGAGGUUCUUGCGAGCCGCUCACGACAAGUACCAGCGAGGCGUGAUCGAGCCGGGGACCGCUGUGGGCGCGCUGGCUGCUCAGAGUAUCGGCGAGCCCGGUACCCAAAUGACCCUAAAAACCUUCCACUUCGCGGGAGUAGCCUCCAUGAACAUCACGCAGGGCGUCCCACGGGUGAAGGAGAUCAUCAACGCGUCGCGCAACAUCUCCACGCCCAUCAUCACGGCCGAGCUGCAGCAGCCCGAGAGCCAGGAGUUCGCCAGGAAGGUCAAGGCCAGGAUCGAGAGGACCACGCUGGGUGAGGUGACAACCUACAUAGAGGAAGUGUACCUCCCGAAUGAGUGUUGCCUGCUCAUCCGACUGGACACUGAACGCAUCCGGCUACUGUCACUGGAGGUCAACGUCGAGUCUAUAGUUUACUCAAUAUGCACAUCCAAACUCAAACUGAAACCCGCAAACGUGCACAUCGUCUCAUCGUCCUGCAUCAAGGUGACGCCGGCGGCGCGCGGCGCGUGGCUCAACCUGUGGCUGCAGCAGACGGCGCGCCAGCUGCCCUCCGUGCUGCUGAAGGGGCUCGCCAAGGUGCCCCGGGCUGUCAUAGCUGCCGACACACAUGGCGCUGUCACUAGAUACAAGCUGUGCGUGGAAGGCGACGGGCUCAGAGACGUGAUGGCGACCUACGGCGUCAACGGAAACAAAACUACGUCUAAUAACAUCUUAGAAGUGUACCAAACCCUGGGCAUCGAAGCCGCCAAAUCGACCAUCAUCAGCGAGAUUCAGGCGGUGAUGGAGGGCCACGGCAUGAGCGUGGACCGGCGCCACGUGCAGCUGCUGGCGGGGCAGAUGACCGCGCGCGGGGAGGUGCUGGGGAUCACCAGAUACGGCCUGGCUAAGAUGAAGGACUCCGUGCUUAAUCUUGCUAGUUUCGAGAAGACGGCGGACCACCUGUUCGACGCGGCGUACUACGGGCAGUGCGACCGCAUCGAGGGCGUCUCCGAGUCCAUCAUCCUGGGCGUGCCCGCUGCUAUAGGCACGGGGGUGCUCCGUCUGCUACAUUCGCACGCGCGCGCGGAGGCGCCGCCCGCCGCGCCGCUGCUGUUCGACCGACCCGAGUACCAUAGCACCAUCUGGGAAUAAACAUAGAAAGAAAGAAAGAA